GGUGUAUUAUUUUUCAUAGGAAAGGGUUGCAGGUGCUCAACUAAUGAGGUAUCAGAUUAUAUCCUACAGAUCAGGUUAUGAAAGCGGCUUUCUUCGGCAGCAUGCACCAUUUUUUUUAGGGUGGUCUUUUAUCUUUUGUUGUUCUUACUUGUCUUUAUGUGGUUGUUGUUUUUAUAUGUUCCCUUUUGUUUGAUAUAAGAGUGUGAAUGCUAGAGUUGUGAAACACAUUUUCAUGGAAUUAUUGGUCUAUUGGCCUUUGUUAGUUUUAAGAACUCCCAUUUUUGUGGCUUCGGGUCAUCUGCCAGGAGCACGAGGAGAUGGUCAUAAAUACCACAUAGCACGGGCAUGUGAGUCUGAACAGGGGGCUUUGAGUGCUGUCAGAAGUAUAUCCCACUCGGUAUGCCUAUUUCUCCACCGCGGGCAUCGAUUUGCUUCAUUUCUCAUUGAACAGUGCCAAUGUAUCUUCUUAUAACUUUGAAAAUGUAUUAUCUUGUGGUUUGCACAACUUUUAUAUAUAUCAAGUGAUGUUAAAAUUGCGUAUUUAGACCGCUGCUCCUGUCACUUAAUGAAAAGCUCCCUCUUUUUGACAGUGCUUCCUUAUUAUGAAAGUAAGUUUUGUUGUGUUUUUAGACAUAUUAGAUACGUCAUACAUGUAUGUAUAUAUGCCCAUGUAUUUAUAUGUUUCUACUAUUUUCUUUUUAAUUCAACUACUAAGUUUCAUUGUGUUUCGUGAAUAUUUCUACAUGUUUUGCAUUGCUCAACUUUUAUGGGACGUGCAGUGAUUUUUUCGAGAAUGGAAUCACGAACGCGCUACGAUACGGAGAUUCACUGAUUUUGGAACAAAUAUUAUAGACAGCGUAAGUUUUGGUACUCUAUUGUCUGAUCAGGAUUCUAAAGAAGGCACUAAGAGACAAAUACAGAAGCGUGUCUGGUAGACUGUUGGAAGAUUAAGUACAAAAAAAUGAAAAAGCGCUUCCCUUGUGAGUUUUUAGCGCUGGUAAUUGUUAUGGAAAGAUAAAGACAUUUUCUUUAGUGAAUAAAAUACAAUAAAUUAGAGUGUUUAUUGCUUUAAUAGGAUCCUCGAAUUUACUUUUUGAUAAAUAGAAGGAGUUUAUAUAUAUAUAUACUUCGUUUCUACGUCUCCACACACUCUCCUAUUCCGCUCCAGUUGCUGAUGGUUUUCUGGAAGGAAACUAAAGUGCAUUGAAAGAUGUGUCAGAACAGAAGGAGCCCCAUGCGCCUAUUGCGAUUUCAUUACUUAUAGCUCAAUAAAGUGUAAAACUUUUUUUUCGUUCCUUUGAUCUUUUUUUUACCCUUCAUCCCUUCAUCAUCUUCAGUAAAGUCCUAAAACACGCAUAUAUUUUAAUCCUCAAUAGAAGUUACUCGGAAGGGCAUAUACAGUAACGAAGGAAAGUGAAAAUGUGCCUCCAGUACUCCCCUACAUACGCGCUAAUGCACAUCGAAGCGUUUUCGUUGUUGCAUCCUACGGGUGAUGUAGCCUAUAUCCUUUCAAAAUUUUCACUAUGGAUUACUUCUUUAGUCUUUUCGUAUUUACUACAAAGUAACUUACAGCUUCUAUUGAAGAGUUUAAAAGUGCUAGUGGCAUAAAAUCUAUAAAAAAAAGUAUACACACACACACAAACAUAUAUAUAUAUAUAUAUAUAUAUAUAUACUCAAGGGCAGUAACACAUGUCUCAACAUGAUGAAGAACAUGAAGUGAGUUUUUUAGAUGCGCUACGUUCUCGAUACGGUACCGAUGAUAUUGAAACCUACGAUCCUUCAGCGUUUCUAGUUGGGGUCGGUGGAAAAAGUAACAAGAAAUGGGAACUUCUGGGCAUGGAAAAAACGCGCCUCAAGCAAGCAUGCUACGACAGGCUUAUACAUGUAGUGCUGCGUGAUACGGAAAUGACAGUGGCCGUAAAGCAAGCAGAGGUUUUCAACAAAGAAGAUGUGGGUCGGGAUAUUGGCGUCAAAGAUGCAAUUUCAUCUCCAAAAGAUCAGCUCCAGGCAGCAUGCAUGGUGCGCUUACAGGAGUUAGAUCUCUCUCGAAAUCCAAAGUUUCCUUUCACUGAGCUUGUCAAGCUGGUUCGCUACUUUCCAUCUCUCGAGACGCUGCAGAUAAGUGAUUCGCCAGAGCUUCUUGUAGCAGCACAAGGCCUCACUCUGACUGUUCCGCACACACCACCUGAGCUUGCACUUAUCUCGACCAGGAUCACUAAAUUGGUCCUCAACAACACGGGAUUUAAGUCUGUUUACGCCCUGCGCGCUUUGGUAGAACUUCCGGUUUUACAAGAGCUUCAUUUGGAUAGCAACAAUAUCGAGUCAUAUCGUCUCUUCGAAACCAACGAAGAGGAGACUAUCUUCCGUUCGAGUUGGUCGUCGAGUCGCGAUGAUGCAGCUUUGUUGUCGUGGUUGCGCUUUCCAAAAGUAACGACCCUGAGUUUGGCGCACAACAAGCUCCACUCCUGGGCCUCUGAGGAUCUCAGCGAGGCCCUUAUAUCAGCCUUCCCUGCGCUCACACACCUCUAUCUUACUGACAAUCAAAUGCCAGAUUUGAUUCUACCACAAGAAGUGGUCCAGCAGAACGAGGAAGCAACUCUGCAGACUCUUCAAACAAAUCACGCAAACACUUUCGCUGAGUACACCUUCCUGAAGCCACUCAAACUUCUUUGCCUGAAGGACAACUCCACCCUCACCGACCCGCGGACUAUUGAUGCGAUACGUGUCCUCUGUCGAUGUUUAGAAGUAUUCCGAAUAACCUACAGCACUCUAUUUCCCCAUUGGAACGACACAUUGAGCCGCAUGUACGUAGUGGCAUCGCUUCCCACUAUUAACCUCCUUAACAGAGGUCAGGUGCGACCCAAGGAGCGACUAGAUUCAGAAAUAUUUUAUAUUCAACGUGGACUGGCAAAGCGAGAGGCGGAGCACCAGGACAAGUGCAAAACGGAACAAUUGACACCUGAAGUAGAAGCAGACGGUGCUGUAGCGCCGCUUGUCGCGAUAGGCGAACCAAAUUAUUUGCUUCUAGAUUUUUUAUUUGAGAAGCACAAGGACGUGGUGCUGUCCAUUUACAGAGAGGGUACCACCGCUAGUACCGAUGGUAGUUCUCACAUCAUGUUGAAUGUUACAUUACAGUGUGAGAAUAAUUUUAAAUCUAUAGGCGGUAAUAGCGGAAAUUAUGAUAUUUUUAAUACAGUACAGAAGACAUUGCCGAGUAACCUCACUAUUGCAAAACUAAAAUCAAUUAUUAGGAUUGUGUUUCAGAUUGAUCCAAUAAACCAGGUGUUGAGUUUCAAAAGCGGUGACACAGGAGUGCUGGACACGGCGAUCGCUAUGGAUAACGAGCAACAGACGCUGGCAUAUUUUGGAGUCUCGAAUGGCUCAAAAAUCAUUGUUCGAGAUACAUCAGUGCGAUAG